AAUCUGUUUUCAGAGAAGAGUUGUUAAGCUUCGUUGCACUGCCCGGCAUAGUACAGCCAUAUAUUAUCCUUGGAUAUAUAAAUGUAUCUAAAGAUAGAAGAAUUCUAGGGAAGAUGUUUUCUUUACUGCCAGAUGGAAGCUUUAGAAUAAUCAAUAACAUCUUUGAGAAUUUGGAAUCUGAGGGACCCGUCGAAAUUUUACAAUUUGAUCCUCAUAGCGGCAAAAAGCUAUCAAAUGGACGACUCGUCGUCGGUGGCUGGAUAAAGCGUGGAUAUCAGAAGAGGAAACAAAUGGAUGUAUUGAAGAGGUUUACUGGUUGUACGUCUUUUUGUUGUAAAUCUGAUGUCGAAAAACAAUCAUAUGAAUAUGAACCCUUCAUCAUGUGGACAGAUGACGAAAUGAAUUGGAAUUUAGGAAAAAAUCUGAAGAUUGAAGAAGCUGAGAAAAAUAUGCAAAUACAGGUGACAGAAACCGGCGAUGAAAAAAGAAUCGUUGUGAUUAUUACAUCUUUAGAUGCCAAAAAGGUCUUAUACGAAGGACAAAGUUAUGAUUAUUGCACAACGUUUACAAAAAACACUAAGGAAUGGAAACUUGAAAUGCCUGUAGUAAGUUUCGCAAUUAUUGAUGGAUCGUUGGUUUGUGCUUCAUCCAUGGAACGUAUGGAUGAUGUGACUUCUGCCAAGGAAGAGAAAGAAUCAUCUGAAAAUGCAAGGAAAGAAAAUUCACCAAAAACAGACGAACCUGCAAACGAUAGAAUAGGAACGUCCUCUUUAGAAAAGCCAUCCGAAGACCCAGAAGUGUCAAUUAAAAAUGUACAGAAACGGAGUAUGUUCGGCAAAGCAAGUGCCAUAGUCGCUUAUGCACUGUCAUUCAAGUCAGGAGAGUCAUCACCAAGUACAUCAACACAAAAAUACAAAAGUGUACCCACAAUUGAAAUACCCUCAAUUAAUAAUGAUAAUUCAACGGAAAAUGCAAUGGAAGAAGGCUCACCAGAAACAAAUGCAUUAUCAGACGAUAAAGAAGUAAUAAUAAUGGAAAAUCCACUUGAAGGCUCAAUGGAAGAGUCCUCAGAAAAUAUAAAGAAACGGCGUUCAUUCUCCAAAUUUACUAAGAAGGUAAAAAACAAAUUUUCAACAAAGUCGAAAGGAAAGUCAUGUGGAAGUGGAUCAACAAUACAAUCUGAAAGUGCAUCCCUUACUGAAGAAUCUACACUCAAUAAAGAGGAAUCAACAGAAAGUACAAUAAAAGAAGAAUCAUCAGCAACAAAUAAACAGGAAGGCGACGAACAAAUAACGCCAAUAAAAGAAUCGCCGGGAGAUUCAAAGGAAGAGUCUUCGGAAAAGGUAAAGAAAUGGAGAUUUGCAAAUAAAUUCACCAAGUCCAAAAGAGAGUCAUCUGGAAGUAAAUUAACAAAGGAGGCUGAAGCAUUAAACAUCGAAUUAGCAUCCAACGCCGAAGUAUCUUCAUCGCAGAUACAAGAUAGGUCAACAUGGGAGGGAUUGUGGCAUCUGGAACAAGACAAAACCAAUGACAAAGCGAUCCGCCUGAGACCAGUAAAAGACAACAUAGGUUCAUUGGAUACUACUUACGACUUCGUUACUAUCUUGGAAAAUAGAAGUAAAGUUCAAUGCGAACAAAUUGUGCCAUUCACAUGUAAAGACAAAUCUUGGUUUUUGAUGAUUUACAAGACACAUUAUAUAAACGACGAAGAAGGUAAACAAAAUCAUAGUUUGUGUACUAGAUAUCAUGUGUUCUCACUUGACACAAUUAUGGGUGGUAAAUAGUAAUGACACCACUAUAUUUAUUGCGUAUGUGAAAAAAAACCAUGUUUUACUAACCUUCCUUCUGUGCUCUGUGACCCAAAACAAUGUUAAGUGCCUUCUAUUAAUUGUUUAAAGAAAGUAGUAGUAUUACCAUUCAAAUGUUUAUUAGAAGUAGGCAGCACUGGGCGGCAUUCACAUUAAAACACAUUAAUAAUUCAAGUUUGUUAAUAAUAUAAGAUAUUAUAUGUAAAUACUCCAAUAGUAAACUAAGAUGCUGAUAGUGUAUUGACCUUUCAAAUUAGUAUCUGCAUGAGCUUAUCAGUUCAUUUUUGUAUUGUAAGCCUGUUUAUUUACUGUUAAUUUACAUAUAUUGCAAUAAAUUAUAUUUAGUUGUAUUUUAGCAUAUACUAGUGUAAAAUCCAAUAACAUAUUAUACAAAACUGAUAUAUUAUUGCAAGCCGAUCGCUGACGGACACUGACGAAAAUUUGAAGUGGUUUUCUGAUGAUUGAGAUACAUGUUGUCGGCUAAAAUGCAUGCUUCUUGGGAGUACUGUAGAAUUAAUUAAAUGGGGAGCACGACAUAGCUUUCGUCAUUUUGGCUGUUAUAGUACAGGAUUGCAGUGGUAAUUUAGUAGAGCUAAAGAAAUUAUUACCACUUACUACUAGGAACUAUUGUUAUUUCUUCCUACAAUAAACCUUUUCUAAGCGCCUUGUAUCCUUUGGCAAAAGGCGCUAUAUAAAUUUCUAUAUUAUUAUUAUUAUUAUUAUUUCUAUGAUUAUGACCCACUAUCAUAUACUAAUUUGAGUAGGGACAAAAUGUUUGUAAAAUUUCACCCUCCAGACUCGUGCACUGCUCUGGAAGAAAUAUAUUGUCUUCUCACUAGAUAAAAUUAUUUGUUGGUAAAUAGUAAUGACCCCAAAAUAAUUAUUAUAUACAUGGAUAAAAACCAUAUAAUAAAUAAAAUUUGGAUCAAUAAUAAGCAGUGGGCAAUAGUAACAUCAUUAGGUUUCAUAUUUGUAGCCAAUGAUGUUAUUUUUAUUUGAUUAAAUGUAAUAUGGUGUACCGUAUACAUUCUGAAUUUAUAUACAUAUAGGUGUGAUCAUAUAUAUAAGUGAUCGCUGUCACAGAUUCCCUUCUUUUAUUUUUUUAAAUUUUUAACUUCAUUACAAUUCCUGCUCCUUCCUGUUUCCUUCCUAAAUGUAAUGCCCUCUUGCUCAAAUAUUAAACUAGCUUUUGCAUUUCUCUGCUUCUCUUACAUUCCUGUGAGCGCCAUUUUUUACCAAUCUUCUUUCUGUGUGUCCCAAAUUUUUUUCUUACUAAUCGUUGAAAUAAAUUCAUGGUAUUACCAUUCGAAUGUUUAUUAGAAGUAAGCAGCACUGCCGCGUUCACAUAAAGACGCAUUUAACUUUUAUGAAUAAUUCAAGUUUUGAAUACCUAAUCCAAGGUGUAUACACUCCAAUCGUUAACUUUAAUGUUGAUAUUGCCCUUUUAAAGUACAGUAGUAGUAUCCGCAUGAGCUUAUCUGUUCAUUUUUGUAUUGUAAGAUUAUAUCUUGCAUCCACUCACAUUUCAGUUUGCCUAAUUAAUCUCAAAAGAUAUGCCAAUCUCAGAAAGGAGCUCAUCCAAGGGUCCUAAAAAAUGAAGCCAAGGGCUUCUAUUAUAGGUUUUACAGUUUGCAAUCAGAUCGCAGAGGGAUACUAUAAUUUGCUUGUAAGUAAUUAUUGUUAAACUGAUGAUGGCAGUCUGUUGUACUGCAAAAACAUGUUUAUAUAGUUAAUGUUUUUUUUUUUUUUUUUUUUAAUAAAUCAGUCUGGUUUAGUCUCGUUGGCUUGAAAUAGUUUUAAUGGCUGCAAUUCCAAAAUGUAAAAAUAUAAUAUAAAAGUGUUCGUAAAGUAAUUUGUUCUCUGUAUAAGAUAGCAUAGCAGGUAAACUAGAAGUUGUGUAAGUCAAGUUAUAGUCUAUUUUAGCAUUAGGCCUAUAUGUAAAGUGCUUUUUGUUUACAAUGUUUUACGCAGUCUGCAGAUCAGUUGCGACAAGCACAAGUUCCUGGCACUGAUUAGUCAGGUACGGUAAGUUUGAUUUAAACGCCAGAAAGUUCCAGCGACUCUACAAUAUGCGGUACAGUAUGUGUGCAUAUAUGCUCAAUAAUAAGUCCCAUUAAAUAUAGUGGUGCCAUUAGAAUAGACUACUAUAUGCUACGUUAUUCAAGUAAAGCUAAAUAGAGAUUGAAUUACAUGCACUUGAAUAUCAAAUUUGAAAAUAUUUAAUGUUUUACUAUUGUGUUUCUUGUUAAAAAGAUUAAGAAAAUGCAAAGUCCUUCUUUAUGAGAACAUGAAAAAUGUGAGAAAGUAUCGGAAAUAUACAGUACGGCAUUGUAAAAACGAAUGCGUACCGUUAGUGAGUAUAGAUUAGAAUUUAGUAUGUAUGUUAUGGGGCCAUUGAUUGGAUUGAAAUUUAAAUAAAGGUGUGCCGAAAAGAAAAAA